ACUGACUUUCAUAUCAAAUAUUUUCAUUUUUGAUAUCGGUUCAGACUAUUUAUUUAGAGUUUAUCAGCCAUGAGCGACUACAAAAUGUCGAUGGAUUCUGAAGUUUUUGGAAAACUGAUGGCUGUAAUUGGAGAUGAGGACACCUGUGUGGGCUUCCUGCUUGGUGGUAUUGGCGAAGUCAAAGAGGAUCGUGAAGCCAAUUUUAUGGUUGUUGAAAGGGAUACUACAGCUGCACAGAUUGAAACUUGUUUUAAAAACUUUUUACAACGUCCGGAUAUAGCCAUUAUCCUUAUAAACCAGAUGUACGCAGAUAUGAUUCGACCCACUGUCGACGCUCAUGUUCUGCCAGCACCAACUGUAGUGGAAAUUCCCUCAAAACAGCAGCCCUACGAUGCCUCCAAGGACUCGAUCCUGAAGCGAGCCCAUGUGAGUUAUCCAGAAUUCGUGAAACUUUUGCAUCUCCUCUUAAGCCUCGAACGCCAGCAGGGCAUUUUCAAAAUACCAGAGAAGCGCCGCUAGGCGCUGAACUUGUGCAAUCAGUUUGGGAUCGAAGUGAGAGUUUAAUGAAAGAUUUGCAUAGUUCCAAAAAUGCAG